AUGGGACUAUUGGAGAACCACGCCAUUGUAGUAUUGCUCGCUAAGUCCUUACCUAAUGUGACAAAAUUCAUCCGUAUUGGAAUAGCAGACAAGAAUGACAACCCGCCGUAUUUCGAUAAGGAGUUGUACGAAGCUGAAGUCGACGAAAAUGAAGAUAUACAGCACACUGUUCUCACAGUCACCGCCAAAGAUCACGACGAAUGUGAGUACUAG